GAUCUUUUCAUGCUUCCUAGGUACCGUCCAGCUACUUCGGAAUACGGAAGAACUGCCUGUGUAACACAGCAGAAUACAAGCCCCGAACCUGACUGAUUCUGUUGAAUUCGGCCAGAGCAAGCCAAAAGCAAAAAGGCCCUUUGCAAGAAACGAGCUGCCUAUAACACAGCAGUAAAUACGUCAGUCUGAGAAGCAGCUGUCAACCCCCCACCAAAGCACCACCAAGAUCGCCCGCAUUGUUGUGCCCCUCCGGCGGUUUACGGAGUAUUUUAUUUUCUUCUGUGUUCCAAACAAGAGCUCAAUUGAGAUUCUUUCCAGUCGUCAUAACCUCUUAGUAUCUACACUGCCUUGGAAAUUACACGAGAAAGAUGUCUUUGUCAAACAAGCUGUCCAUCACGGACUGUGACCUCCAGGGCAAGCGAGUCUUGAUCCGAGUCGACUUCAAUGUCCCUCUCGACGCGGACAAGAAGGUUACAAACAACCAGAGAAUAGUCGGAGCUCUCCCUACCAUCAAAUAUGCUAUCGAGCAUGGCGCUAAAGCUGUCGUCCUCAUGUCCCACCUCGGUCGUCCUGAUGGCAAAAAGAACCCAAAGUACAGCCUCAAACCCGUCGUACCAGAACUUGAAAAGCUGCUAGGAAAGAGUGUCAUCUUCACCGAUGAUUGCGUCGGACCAGAGGUGGAAGAGACGGUCAACAAAGCCAGCGGCGGCCAGGUCAUUCUGCUCGAAAACCUCCGGUUCCAUGCCGAAGAGGAGGGCAGCAGCAAGGACGCAGAGGGCAAGAAGGUCAAAGCUGACAAGGCCGACGUCGAGAAGUUCCGCAAGGGCUUGACCGCUCUUGGGGACAUCUACGUCAACGACGCCUUCGGUACAGCUCAUCGUGCCCACAGUUCUAUGGUCGGUGUCAACCUACCUCAAAAGGCUGCUGGCUUCCUGAUGAAGAAGGAGCUCGACUACUUCGCCCAAGCCCUCGAGAACCCCAAGCGCCCAUUCCUUGCAAUUCUCGGUGGUGCCAAGGUCUCGGACAAGAUUCAGCUGAUCGACAACCUGCUGGACAAGGUCAAUAGCUUGAUCGUCUGUGGCGGCAUGGCAUUCACUUUCAAGAAAACCCUCGAAGGUGUCAAGAUUGGAAACAGCUUGUUCGACCAGGCCGGUAGCGAAAAAUGUGCCGAGCUCAUGGAAAAGGCAAAGAAGAACAACGUCAAGAUGAUCUUGCCUGUGGACUACAUCACUGCUGAUAAAUUUGACAAGGACGCCCAAACCGGUACCGCCACCGAUUCAGAUGGCGUUCCCGACGGCUGGAUGGGUCUUGACUGCGGCGAGGAGAGCAUUAAGCUAUACAAACAAGCCAUCGAUGACGCUCAGACAAUCCUCUGGAACGGCCCACCUGGUGUGUUCGAGUUUGAGAAGUUUGCCAAUGGCACCAAGAAGACCAUGGACGCCGCAGUGGCAGCUGCUCAGAGUGGGAAGAUUGUCAUCAUCGGCGGAGGUGACACGGCCACCGUCGCAGCCAAAUAUGGUGUCGAAGACAAAUUGAGCCACGUUUCUACCGGUGGUGGUGCCAGUCUGGAGCUUCUGGAAGGCAAAGCUCUCCCUGGUGUAGUCGCUUUGUCGAGCAAGUAGAUUGCGCUCAGUACAUGAUUACAUGUGUGUACCUGGGUGAACUCCAUGGAAAAGGCGUCUCACAAAACGAACCACACCUACGUUGAAAGCGAAAUGACAUAGCGUUGUGUGUAUGAUAUUUUUUCUUCACUUCUCGACAUGUGUCGAUAUCACAUAGAUGGACGUGAAACCAUUGCCUUCUAGCUCUUGUAAAACCCAGAACGCCAUGCAAUGAAAUGCUCUUGCCGCCUCGCAGUUUUUAUGAC